AUGGGGUUGCUGUCAGCACAAGCAGUGUUCCCGACCAUGAGAAAUGUGAUGGUAACUAGAGCUGAACCAAAUCCCGAUCAUCAGUCCAUGGUCUGCAGCACAUGGGGAAAUUUCCACUUCAACACCUUUGAUGGUUAUUUCUUUCAACUGCCAGACACAUGCAACUACGUUCUGGCGAGGAUGUGCAGCAGUGUUUCUGAUUUUAACAUCCAAAUGAAAAGAAAGAUUGUAAAUGAUUCAAUAAUUUUCAGCAAAAUCUUUAUAGUGUUGGAGGGGACAGUCAUCAAUCUCAGUAAUGGCAACAUCUUUAUGGAUGACCAAGAGGUGACUGAGGCAACCUAUAAGAAUGGAAUUACAAUCGAGCUAGGCACAUCAAGUGUUAAGAUCUCAAACAAACAUGGAUUGACUGUCUUUUGGGAGAAGCACGACUCGAUAUUGAUUGAACUUCCCACAAAGUACCAAGGCCAGACCUGUGGACUCUGUGGAAACUUCAACGGCAACAAGACUGAUGAUGACCAUGAUGUGGCGACAGAGAAGGAGUCUACAGAAUCCUGUGGGGAAAUUGAACUUCAUUCAAAUGAUCAAUGCGGAAACCAGUCAAGCAUUUGUCAGCAGUAUCUCAGCAGUUCGGGGUUUGAUGAUUGCUGGCAUGUGCUGGACAUGAGUUCAUUUGAAAAGGCCUGUGAAAACGACCUGUGUCAAUGUUACGGGAAACACGACUGUCUCUGCAACACACUCACAGAGAUUUCACGACAGUGCACGCAUGCAGGUGGCAGACCGGGAACAUGGAGAACAGACCAGCUCUGUCAGAAGAAUUGCCCACUAAACAUGACAUACUUGGAGUGUGGAAGUCCAUGCAAGAAAACCUGCAAAGAUCCAGAAGGAAGCAAGUUGUGUAAAGAUCACUGUGUGGAUGGCUGUUUCUGCCUUGAAGGCACUGUGGAAGAUGUUAUCGGUAAUAGCGGUUGUAUAUCUGUGAAUGACUGCCCAUGUGAGCAUGAUAGCACAAUAUAUAAAUCGGGAGAAUCAUACACACAAGCGUGUAAAACAUGUGUGUGUGCUGCUGGAUAUUGGAAUUGCACAGGUCUGGAAUGUCCCGGAAUCUGCUCUAUUGUUGGAGGGUCUCACAUCACCACUUAUGAUGGAAAAAGCUUCACCUUCAGCGGCAACUGUGAAUACAUCCUCACUAAGCACUCUAUUGGCAAUGAUAUUGCAGUUCUGGGCAAUCUGGCAAAUUGUGAUCCAAGCUUAAAAGACACAUGCCUUAAAUCUGUAAGCCUUGUCAUCUCAGGGACCAUUAUUAGUUUUUCCUCCAAUGGGGAUAUAACACUAAAUGGAACGGAAACAAAAAGCCUUCAUGUCAAAGAUGGUGCGGUCAUCUUCCAGCCCUCAACCUCCUUUAUCAUUGCUGAUUUGAAGAGUCUUCGUCUAGAGAUCCAGUUGGCUCCAGUCAUGCAGUUGUAUAUUGUAGCCAGCCCUGAAGGGAAAGGGAAACUGAGUGGUCUUUGUGGAAACUAUAAUGAUGUCCAAAAAGAUGACUUUAAAACCGAAUCAGAUAUUAUAGAGGGGACACCAACAACCUUUAUCAAUUUUUGGAAGCACACGGACAGUUGUCCAGAUCUUGACUUCAUUUUAGAAAAUCCAUGUAGCGUGAAUUUGCAAAAAGAUCAAAUGGCCAAAGAAUGGUGCAUCCAGCUUACAAACCCAAAUGGAACAUUUGCCUCAUGCCAUUCAGUAAUAUGUCCUGAGAUUUACUAUCAAAGGUGCGUCUAUGACACCUGUAAGUGUGAAGAUAUUAAGAAGUGUAUGUGUGCAGCCCUGUCCACCUAUGCCCAUGCCUGUGCUGCCAGAGGAAUCAUUCUCCGGGGAUGGAUGGAUUCCUACCCCUGUGACACUAUUUCGGAUUGUUCAAACAACAUGAAGUACUCCUACCAUGUGACCAGCUGUGGCAGCACCUGUCGUUCUCUCAGUGGGCAAGAUUACACCUGCAAUUUAUCCACACCUGUAUAUGGAUGUGUCUGUCCUGAGGGCACCUACCUCAAUGAUGCAGGCAGCUGUGUGCAUGCUGACCAAUGUCCUUGUUACUCUGGAAGCCAGGUCAUAGAGCCAUCAGGGAUAAUCUACAAGGAUGAAGCAGAAUGCACCUGCAAUCAUGGCUUUUUAGAGUGCUCCAGCCCAGAAGUCUGUAAGGAUCCAAUGGUCUUUUUCAACUGCUCAAAUUACGAACCAAGACAAAAUGGAAAAGAAUGUCAGAGGACAUGUCAGAACCAACAACUAAACAAUUGCGUGAGCACAGCGUGUAAAUCAGGGUGUAUGUGCCCAAAUGAUCUUCUGGCUGAUGGUGAAGGUGGGUGUAUGCAUAAAGAAAACUGUCCCUGUGUCCUUAAUGGAGACACAUAUUUACCUGGGAAACAGAUUAAACAGGACUGUAACAUCUGCAAAUGCAAAGAUGGCAUGUGGACUUGUACAAAUAAAGAGUGUUAUGGCACAUGUACCAUCUAUGGUGAAGGUCAUUUUAAGACAUUUGACGGAAAGAGAUAUUCUUUUCAAAAAGACUGUGAAUACAUCUUAGCUCAUGAUUAUUGCAAUAUGCAACACAGUCCCUCUUUCCGCCUCAUCUCAGAGAACGUGCCCUGUGGCAGCACCACCACUAUUUGCUCCAGGUCCAUCAGUCUCUUCAUUGGGAGAGACAAAGUGAUUUUAUCCGAAGAGAAAGGAGUCAUUGUUGAAAGCAACAGCACUGAUUAUGAAUAUAAAAUCCAUUCUGCUGGAAUCUACAUUAUAAUCGAGGUCAGAGAUUUUUUAAACUUAAUCUGGGACAAUGAAACGAGUCUGAUGCUCCAACUCCAUACCAACUUUAAGGACAAGGUGUGUGGACUGUGUGGAAACUUUGAUGGUAAUGCGAAUAAUGACUUUGUAAAGCAUGAUGGAGAAGAGGUCACUGAUGCAGAGGAAUUUGGCAAUAGCUGGAAAGUUAAUCCCAGCUGCCCAGAUGUGACAAACCCGAUGGACAUUUGUGAACCAAAUCUUCAUCAGCAUGCCUGGGUUGAAAAACAAUGCGCCAUCAUCACAGGUGCCGUCUUUAAGAACUGCACUUCUCUUGUGGACCCUUUACCAUACUAUGAUGCCUGUAUAAGUGACACCUAUGCAUGUGUUGCUGGGGGUGAUUGCAAUUGUUUCUGCACUGUGUUGGCAGCCUAUGCUGCUGAAUGCCGUAAAAAGGGAGCUUUUGUGAAAUGGCGGAGCCCAAAGAUUUGCCCUUUAUUCUGUGAAUUCUACGACCCUUCGGAAACAUGUGAGUGGCACUAUAAACCCUCUGAAUCGCCCUGCAUGAAAACCUGCAGUAACCCAUUAGGGACCUGCUCUGAUCAAAUUCCUCCUGUUGAAGGAUGUUUUCCUAAGUGCCCUCCAGAGAAGCCAUAUCUUGUGGACCAUAAUAUGACAUGUGUUACAAUAUGUAACUGUAUGUACAAAAACACGGAAUACCGUCCUAAAUCAAUUGUGUACCGAACCUCAGAUGGGAAUGGUACAUGUUCCGAGGCAAUAUGUAAAGAAAAUGGGGAAAUAUUAAUAUUCAAAAUCAAUUGCAAAAGCAACCACAACAUUACUACUACAACUAAUACAGUGACAACCACAACUCCAACAAUUACAACCACUACUAUACCCACACCUACAUCAACACCUAUAAUUACUGCAACCACUACUACGACCACUCCCACAACUACUGUAACCCCAACACCUACCGAGACAGAAAGAGUGUCUUCAACUUCAACAGCUACAACAACACCUACCUCAACCGAACCUCCAUCUACAACUACAACAACCACUGUUACAUCAACAUCUACAGAAACAUUUACUACUACAACUAAUACAGUGACAACCACAACUCCAACAAUUACAACUACUCCUAUAACCACACCUACAUCAACACCAAUUAUUACUGCUACGACUACUACGACCACUCCCACAACUACUGUAACCCCAACACCUACAGAGACAGAAACAGUGACUUCUACUUCAACGGCUACAACAACACCUACCUCAACUGAACCUCCAUCUACAACUACAACAACCACUGUUACAUCAACAUCUACAUCAACAGAAACAUUUACUACUACAACUAAUACAGUGAUAACCACAACUCCAACAAUUACAACCACUACUAUACCCACAACUACAUCAACACCUAUAAUUACUGCAACCACUACUACUGUAACAACAACACCUACCUCAACCAAACCUCCAUUUACAACUACAACAACCACUGUCACACCAACAUCAACAUCAACACCUAUAAGUAAUACUACCACCUGUUGUCUUUGGUCAGAUUGGUUCGACAACCAAGAACCCAGCACAGACAACACAGGAAUCGAAAUUGAAUCCAUCAAUGAAUUGUGGGAAAAUAAAAAAAUUACCUGUCAGAGACCAUAUGAUAUUGAAUGUAAGGCAAAAGAUUAUGAAAAUAUAGACUUGGCAACAUCGGGAGAAAAAGUCUCUUGCAAUACAUCAUUUGGUCUGUUAUGUUCCAAUAAAGAUAAUUUACGAAAUGUGAACCACCCAUUAUGCCGAAAUCAUAAAAUACGUGUACUAUGUUGCCCACAUAUUUGUACACCCCCUAAAACAACCACUUCUACAUCAACACCUUUAAUUACUACUACCACUACUACAACCACUCCCACAACUACUGUAACACCAACACCUACCAAGACAGAAACAGUGACUUCUACUACAACGGCUACAACAACACCUACCUCAACCGAACCUCCAUCUACAACUAAAACAACCACUGUUACAUCAACAUCUACAUCAGCUGAAACAUUUAAUUCUACAACUAAUUCAAUGACAACCACAACUCCAACAAUUCCAACCACUACUAUACCCACACCUACAUCAACACCUAUAAUUACUGCAACCACUACUAUGACCACUCCCACAACUACUGUAACCCCAACAUCUACCGAGACAGAAACAGUGACUUCUACUUCAACAGCUACAACAACAACUACCACAACCCAACCUCCAUCUACAACAACCACUGUCACACCAAAAUCUACAUCAACAGAAACAUUUACUACUACAACUAAUACAGUGACAACCACAACUCCAACAAUUACAACCACCCCUAUAUCCACACCUACAUCAACACCAAUUAUUACUGCUACGACUACUACGACCACUCCCACAACUACUGUAACCCCAACACCUACCGAGACAGAAACAGUGACUUCUACUUCAACGGCUACAACAACACCUACCUCAACCGAACCUCCAUCUACAACUACAACAACCACUGUUACAUCAACAUCUACAUCAACAGAAACAUUUACUACUACAACUAAUACAGUGACAACCACAACUCCAACAAUUACAACCACUACUAUACCCACAACUACAUCAACACCUAUAAUUACUGCAACCACUACUACGACCACUCCCACAACUACUGUAACCCCAACACCUACCUCAACCAAACCUCCAUUUACAACUACAACAACCACUGUCACACCAACAUCAACACCUAUAAGUAAUACUACCACCUGUUGUCUUUGGUCAGAUUGGUUCGACAACCAAGAACCCAGCACAGACAGCACGGGAAUCGAAAUUGAAUCCAUCAAUGAAUUGUGGGAAAAUAAAAAAAUUACCUGUCAGAGACCAUAUGAUAUUGAAUGUAAGGCAAAAGAUUAUGAAAAUAUAGACUUGGCAACAUCGGGAGAAAAAGUCUCUUGCAAUACAUCAUUUGGUCUGUUAUGUUCCAAUAAAGAUAAUUUACGAAAUGUGAACCACCCAUUAUGCCGAAAUCAUAAAAUACGUGUACUAUGUUGCCCACAUAUUUGUACACCCCCUAACACAACCACUUCUACAUCAACACCUUUAAUUACUACUACCACUACUACAACCACUCCCACAACUACUGUAACACCAACACCUACCAAGACAGAAACAGUGACUUCUACUACAACGGCUACAACAACACCUACCUCAACCGAACCUCCAUCUACAACUAAAACAACCACUGUUACAUCAACAUCUACAUCAACUGAAACAUUUACUUCUACAACUAAUUCAAUGACAACCACAACUCCAACAAUUACAACCACUACUAUACCCACACCUACAUCAACACCUAUAAUUACUGCAACCACUACUAUGACCACUCCCACAACUACUGUAACCCCAACACCUACCGAGACAGAAACAGUGACUUCUACUUCAACAGCUACAACAACACCUACCUCAACCGAACCUCCAUCUACAACUACAACAACCACUGUUACAUCAACAUCUACAGAAACAUUUACUACUACAACAAUUACAACCACUACAAUACCCACACCUACAUCAACACCUAUAAUUACUGCAACUACUACUACGACCACUCCCACAACUACUGUAACCCCAACACCUACCGAGACAGAAACAGUGACUUCUACUUCAACGGCUACAACAACACCUACCUCAACUGAACCUCCAUCUACAACUACAACAACCACUGUCACACCAACAUCUACAUCAACAGAAACAUUUACUACUACAACUAAUACAGUGACAACCACAACUCCAAAAAUUACAACUACUCCUAUAACCACACCUACAUCGACACCAAUAAUUACUGCUACGACUACUACAACCACUCCCACAACUACUGUAACCCCAACACCUACAGAGACAGAAACAGUGACUUCUACUUCAACGGCUACAACACCUACCUCAACCGAACCUCCAUCUGCUACUACUACAACAACCACUGUCACAUCAACAUCUUCAUCAACAGAAGCAUCUACUACUACAACUAAUUCAGUGACAACCACAACUCCAACAAUUACAACAACUCACUAUACCCACACCUACAUCAACACCUAUAAUUACUGCAACCACUACUGCGACCACUCCCACAACUACUGUAACACCAACACCUACCGAGACAGAACCAGUGACUUCUACUUCAACGGCUACAGCAACCCCUACCUCAACCGAACCGCCAUCUACAACUACAACAACCACUCAACCCCUACCUCAACCGAACUGCCAUCUACAACUACAACAACCACUGUUACAUCUACAUCAACAGAAACAUUUACUACUACAACUAAUACAGUGACAACCACAGCUCCAACAAUUACAACCACUACUAUACCCACACCUACAUCAACACCUAUAAUUACUGCAACCACUACUACGACCACUCCCACAACUACUGUAACACCAACACCUACCGAGACAGAAGCAGUGACUUCUACUUCAAUGGCUACAACAACACCUACCUCAACCGAACCGCCAUCUACAACUACAACAACCACUGUCACGCCAACAUCUACAUCAACUGAAACAUUUACUACUACAACUAAUACAGUGACAACCACAACUCCAACAAUUACAACCACUACUAUACCCACACCUACAUCAACACCUAUAAUUACUGCAACCACUAGUACGACCACUCCCACAACUACUGUAACACCAACACCUACCGAGACAGAAAGAGUGACUUCUACUUCAACGGCUACAACAACACCUACCUCAACCAAACAGCCAUCUACAACUACAACAACCACUGUUACAUCAACAUCUACAUCAAAAGAAACAUUUACUACUACAACUAAUACAGUGACAACAACAACUCCAACAAUUACAACCACUACUAUACCCACACCUACAUCAACACCUAUAAUUACUGCAACCACUACUACGUCCACUCCCACAACUACUGUAACACCAACACCUACCGAGACAGAAAGUGUGUCUUCUACUUCAAUGGCUACAACAACAUCUACCUCAACUGAACCUCAAUCUACAACUACAACAACCACUGUCACACCAACAUCUUCAUCAACAGAAGCAUCUACUUCUACAACUAAUUCAAUGACCACCACAACUCCAACAAUUACAACAACUCAUAUACCCACACCUACAUCAACACCAAUAAUUACUGCAACCACUACUGUGACCACUCCCACAACUACUGUAACACCAACACCUACCGAGACAGAACUAGUGACUUCUACUUCAACGGCUACAGCAACCCCUACCUCAACCGAACCGCCAUCUACAACUACAACAACCACUGUUACAUCUACAUCAACAGAAACAUUUACUACUACAACUAAUACAGUGACAACCACAACUCCAACAAUUACAACCACUACUAUACCCACACCUACAUCAACACCUAUAAUUACUGCAACCACUAGUACGACCACUCCCACAACUACUGUAACACCAACACCUACCGAGACAGAAAGAGUGACUUCUACUUCAACGGCUACAACAACACCUACCUCAACCGAACAGCCAUCUACAACUACAACAACCACUGUCACACCAACAUCUUCAUCAACAGAAGCAUCUACUUCUACAACUAAUUCAAUGACCACCACAACUCCAACAAUUACAACAACUCAUAUACCCACACCUACAUCAACACCUGUAAUUACUGCUACGACUACUACGACCACUCCCACAACUACUGUAACCCCAACACCUACCGAGACAGAAAGAGUGUCUUCUACUUCAACGGCUACAACACCUACCUCAACCAAACCUCCAUCUACAACUACAACAAUAACAUCUACAGAAACAUCAACUACUGUCACUUCUUCAACAAUGUUCACUGUAUCACAUUUCAGUUACCAAACACCUAAAGAACAGAUUGUAAAUACAACACAAAGUUCUACAAUCAUCACUCCCAAUUCCACAUGUUACUGCACAUACAACAAUGAAAAAUACCUACCAGGGUCUACAAUCUACAGUAAACCUGAUAAAGAGCACUUGUGCUAUAUUACAUACUGCAACUUCUCUUGUUAUAUUGUGGAAGAGAUUCGAAAUUGCAGUAAACCCCCUCCAGCAUGUCUCAAUGGCACCCAUAUGAUAAAUGCACAAAACCUGCAUAAAUGGGGAAGUCAUAUCAGACCUCCAAAAUGUGACCCAAAUCCUGCUGUCAUGCCUCAAUGUGUCAAUGGAUUAGAUCCUGUGAAAGUGUAUUAUAACAAUGGCUGUUGCUUCAAGUAUGAGUGUGAAUGUUACUGCAAUGGCUGGGGUGACCCUCACUACAGUACAUUUGAUGGGAAAUAUUAUACUUUCCAAGGAAACUGCACCUAUGUGCUGGUCCAAGAAAUCAUUCCAAGAUAUAAUAUCAGCAUAUAUGUUAAAAAUUAUUAUUGUGAUGUUAUAAAUAGUCUUUCUUGUCCUGAGUAUGUGAUUGUGAAUUACAAAUCCUAUCAAAUUAAGCUCACAAGUGAUAGAAAAGUGGUUCAGGUCUACAUUAAUGGAAUAAACAAGAAGCCAACAAUCAUAAAUGAAUUCUUCACCAUCACCAGUGUUGACAUGGCAGUGCUUGUGAACAUCACUGAAAUCAAUGUUGAGAUUAACGUCAACAACCUAGGCUUUAGUAUCAAACUCCCAUUCUCCUACUUCCAUGGAAAUACAGAAGGACAGUGUGGCUUUUGUGACAACAAAACUGAAAAUGACUGCAGACUUCCUAAUGGAACAGUUGAUAAAUCAUGUGAGCAUAUGGCAAAUUUUUGGAUGGUCCCCCCAGGUUGCAUCCCCCAACCUCCCCCUUCACCUCCACCUACACCUACACCUACACCCCCGCCUAUCUGCAAAGUCAUCACGAGCAAAUUGUUUGAGGCCUGCCAUGCGGUUGUUCCUCACAAAAACUAUUAUGAGGCAUGUAACUACGAUGUGACCAGAAUGAAAAAUGACUCUUUUGCCUGCUCCAGUCUGGAGGCCUACGCUCAACUAUGUGGCCAGAAGUUUGUCUGUGUGGACUGGAGAAACUCACCUGAGCUCAAAGGGCUAUGUGAAUACAAGUGCCCCGUGCAAAAGGUCUACAAGGGAUGUGGGCCUAAAGUGGAAAAAUCCUGCAGUACAAGUUCCAAUAAUCUGGUUUUGGGGACAGAAUGUCAAGGAGAAAAUUGUAACAAAGCAGUGACAGAAGGUUGUUACUGCCCUGAUAACACAUAUCUGGUUAAUCUAAAUUCAGAUAAGUGUACAGCUUACUGUGAUUGUACUGGCCCUGAUGGAUCACCUAAACAGCCUGGGGAUACAUGGACCGAUAACUGUGCUACAUACAAUUGCACUAAUAUGGGCAUGCGUGUGAAAGUGCAUUUCAAGUGUCCACCUCAAAAAGUCUGUGGCGUCGGAUACAAAAGCACAACUGAAAACUGCUGCCCAACCUGUGUGUGUGAUUUUGAGGAGUGUCUUAAGAAAAGAUGUGAUGUGGGAUAUGAGUUUGCAGUUCAUACACCUGCGGACAGUUGUUGUCCACCCUGUGUGCCCAAAGAUGUCUGUGUGUACAAUAACACAGAGUACAAGCCUGGCGUUAAAAUCCCCUCAGACCCGUGUGUGGAAUGUAACUGUACAGUGAAAAAAGGCCCGCUGACUAAACCACAUAAAGUGACUUGUUAUAAUAAAGUCUGCAAAAAUUGCUCUGAGGGUUUUGAAUAUGUGAAACAAGGAGGAGAGUGCUGUGGAACAUGUACGCCUAUAGGUUGUGUUUAUAAAGCACCAGACAACACCAGCCGUAUUCUCAAGGUUGGAGAAAUACAAAAUUACAAAUGUCAAAACAUUUCCUGCCACAAAAUUGAUGGCUUAUUUGUUAUGGAAAGCACCAAAAUGAACUGCCUUGUCUCAACUUCCACUGAUUGUGAGCCUGGUUCUGAAUAUGUGAAACAAAUAGAAGACUGCUGUGGAACAUGUAAGCCAAUAAAAUGUGUUUAUUAUGCCAAAGACAACACCAGCCAUGUUCUCAAGGACGGAGAAGGGUACAUCGAAAAUUGUACAACUGUUACCUGCCAUGAGAUUAAUGGCUCAUUUGUGAUAUUUGAGACUGAAAAAGACUGCCCUUACUUUAAUCAAGAUGACUGUAAACCUGGUUCUGAAUAUGUGAAACAAUUAGAAGACUGCUGUGGAACAUGUAAGCCAAUAAAAUGUGUUUAUUAUGCCAAAGACAACACCAGCCAUGUUCUCAAGGACGGAGAAGGGUACAUCGAAAAUUGUACAACUGUUACCUGCCAUGAAAUUAAUGGCUCAUUUGUGAUAUUUGAGACUAAAAAAGACUGCCCUUACUUUAAUCAAGAUGACUGUAAACCUGGAACAGAGCGAUAUGACAUAAAUCAAUGUUGCAAGAUCUGUGAGCCCAAGAACUGCGUUCUAGUGCAGAACACCACCAAUGUGCAUGCAAAUAAUUGUAAAUCCAUUGAGGCUAUUGAACUGACAUCCUGCAGUGGCCACUGUGACACCCAAUCAAUGUAUUCUAUGCAAAUGAAUGCCAUGAUGCACAGCUGUUCUUGCUGCCGGGAGGAGAAAACCAGCCAUAAAAAUGUGACGCUGAAGUGUCCCGAUAACAGUGAGAUCCUUUAUCACUACGACUAUGUUGAAAGCUGCAGAUGCACUCCUACAGAGUGUGAAAACCAGAAGACUAACGGAUAAAUGAUCAUGUUUCAUAUCUGCCUGAUCUUAACUUGAUUAUUGCAGAUUUGAACAUGACUGAAUCAGUCACGCUGAGAAAUAUAUAACAGAAAAUUACAAUACUGAUGAUUUAAACUGUGUGAGACUUUUAAAUGGCAACCAUUAUUAAAGCCAUAAUAUUUUAUUCACUUUUUUAAUUUAGGUGUAUGGUUUACUCUAAUGAUAAUAUUUUUCUUACAUAAAAAUAAAAUAAAACAU